AUGGAUUACCCUCUGCCGCCGGCUUUGCUGCUGGAGGAGGCCCUGAAGACGCAGCAAGACCCCCAGGAUGCUGCUGCUGCUGCUGCUGCGCUGCUGCAGCAGCAGCCGCAGCCUUUGCCUCGGAUGAAGAUUUCCAAGUCCCCAACCAACUGCAGCAGCAGCAACAACAGCAGCAGCAACAGCAGCAGCAGCAGCAGCAGCAGCAGCAGCAGCAGAGAGACAGGCGUAGACUCUGUGCUUUCUCUGUCUCUGACUCAACGCCGCCGCUUUCUCUUUAAUAUGCUCGCAAACUUCUGCAUAGAGGCAAACGCAGGCAAGCAGCAGCAGCAGCAGCAGCAGCAGCAGCAGCAGCAGGAGCAGCAGCAGCAGCAGUAG